AUAACAAACCGUGUCUGUCUGUCUGUCUGUCCGCUCGCUCGUCGCUCGUCCCUCCCCCCCUCCCACCGUCGCCAGCGCGCGCACGCACGCGACGCCCAGGCACGGGCACACGCGCGAACCGGUUUGAAAAAACUCGCCACAAAAUGGCCGUAACUAGGGGCAGGCAGGCAGGUCACGUGAACACAACGGACCGUAGCCGCAGAGCGCUUCCAUGGUGAGGGGAGACCGACGCCCCACCCGGAUGCAACCCGAUCGUCGGGAAUUGUAGUCCGUUCAACUCUCUCCAGUUAGCAACGUUUGUGCGUUUAAACUGCAUCUCCCAGUGUUGGUCUGUGUGUGGGCACAAAGUUCAGUGUGAAGAACCGGAUUAAUAUUUUGAACGGCUGUGAUAAACUUAUAAAUUUAAGCAAGUGAGAUGUUUUAUAAUGUGCGAUUUAGCUGCUAUUCUUGAUUUUUUUGUUUAAAUCCUAACCUUUGCCGGAAAUUGCGCACUCCCCACCUGUUUUGUAUUUGUGUUUGAUGGGGAAUUGGUGGAUUUGUUCCUCCUUCGCUUGGCGGUUUCCACCGUGCUCCUGUCAGAUUGCCUUUUGAUUUCUACGCAUGUGAAGAAACACUUGCCAGAGAGAAGUCCUUGAUGGACCAGUCCCCUCAAUCCUACAUGCUUGCCAAUCUGACACAUCCACAUUCAGAGCAGUUGCUGCAGGGAUUACAUCUUCUUCGACAGCAUCGUGAGCUUUGUGACAUUGUCCUCAGGGUUGGUGAUGUCAAGAUCCAUGCCCACAAGGUGGUGCUGGCUAGCAUCAGCCCAUAUUUCAAAGCCAUGUUUACUGGAAACCUUUCAGAGAAUGAAAACUCUGAAGUUGAAUUUCAAUGCAUAGACGAGACUGCUUUGCAGGCUAUUGUAGAGUACGCAUACACAGGAACUAUAUUCAUUUCACAAGAUACAGUAGAAUCUCUACUACCUGCUGCAAAUUUGCUUCAAAUCAAACUAGUACUAAAAGAAUGUUGUACAUUCCUUGAAAGCCAGCUUGAUCCUGGCAAUUGCAUUGGCAUUUCCCGGUUUGCUGAAACAUAUGGCUGUCAUGACUUGUACCUUGCUGCAAACAAGUACAUUUGUCAGAAUUUCGAAGAAGUCUGUAAGACUGAAGAAUUUUUUGAGCUGAACCACACAGAAUUAGAUGAAAUAAUUUCAAAUGACUGUCUCAAUGUUGUGACGGAGGAGUCUGUUUUUUAUGCAUUAGAGUCGUGGAUUAAAUAUGAUGUGCAAGAAAGACAAAAAUAUCUGGCGCAACUGCUGCACUGUGUUCGAUUGCCGUUAUUAAGUGUAAAAUUUCUGACAAGAUUGUAUGAGGCAAAUCAACUAAUACGUGAUGAACAUACCUGCAAGCACCUUCUAAACGAAGCCCUUAAGUAUCAUUUCAUGCCAGAGCACAGAUUUUCCCAUCAGACUGAGUUUUUGACACGACCACGUUGUGCUCCCAAAGUACUUUGUGCUGUUGGUGGAAAAACUGGAUUGUUUGCAACAUUAGACAGUGUGGAAAUGUACUUCCCUCAGACAGACUCCUGGACGGGUCUGGCACCACUCAGUAGCCCACGCUAUGAAUGCGGGGUUGCUGUUGUUGAUCAGAAACUUUAUGUGGUGGGAGGAAUUGCAACCCAUAUUCAACAAGGAAUCAAUUAUCGAAAGCAUGAAAAUUUGGUGGAAGGUUGGAAUCCAGAGACAAACAAAUGGACAUCUGUAGAAAGAAUGAAUGAAUGUAGAAGCACUCUUGGAGUGUCUGUUUUAGCUGGUGAACUGUAUGCAUUAGGUGGUUAUGAUGGAGAAAAUUAUUUGCAAUCUGUGGAAAAAUACAUUCCCAAAGUAAAGCAAUGGCAGCCUGUUGCACCUAUGGCAAAAAGUCGAAGCUGUUUUGCAGCAGCAGUUUUGGAUGGAAUGAUCUAUGCUAUUGGAGGAUACGGUCCAGCCCACAUGAACAGUGUGGAACGUUAUGAUCCAAGCAAAGAUUCCUGGGAGAUGGUAGCUCCAAUGGCAGAUAAAAGAAUUAACUUUGGUGUUGGUUCAAUGCUUGGAUUCAUCUUCGUUGUUGGUGGACACAAUGGCGUAUCACAUUUGCAAAGUGUUGAGAGAUAUGAACCACAUCAAAAUCAAUGGACUUUGUGCAGGCCAAUGAAUGAUCCUAGAACAGGAGUUGGUGCAGCCAUUGUAGAUAAUUACCUCUAUGUGGUCGGAGGUCAUUCAGGGUCAUCAUACCUGAACAUGGUACAGAGGUAUGACCCAACUCUAGAUACCUGGUCAGAUUCGACUGGUAUGUUGUCAUGCCGCUGCAACUUUGGGCUAGCUGCGUUUUGAUGGUUGCUUCAUGAAGAAUUUACUAUAGUAAUAAACCCUGCAUGACAAAAUGAUCAACUGUACUGAGAUUGAGGAACUGCACAAUCUUUCAGGUUUCACUGAGAAUCUUGGCUGCUACUGUUGGUAUUUUGCAGAAAGGUUUUUGUUUUUAAUUGAAUCUAUUAUAUUGUAUUAUCGUAUGCAUAUGGGGAAGAUAAACUGAUGCCUGAAACAGCCAGGGCUAACAUAGCUCCAGCUUUUCCACCUUAUAAACAUUCCCCUCCAUUUUAAGUAAUUGUCACCUCCACUUUUUCUCAUUUUAAUUAUAAAGAAUCUCACAUUCAAAACCCUUAGAUUAAAGUUCAUGUCCCUUUUGUGAAUUAUGUUCACUGCAUUAUGUUCUGUUUAACAUCUGUGAUUCACAUAAAUUUGAUACUAAAGGGCUGCCUUGGCAUAUUCGUCAGAAUUUUUUAAUAUGACUUUGUAUUGUUUGCUUGUAUAAUGCAAUGUGAUUUAUGUACUUUGUAGAGCUGACUAUGUAAUAACAUGCUAUUAAUAACUACAAUUUGCCCCUUUAGCAAUUUUCCAUCAGAAUAAGAUCACUUAAUAUUUAAAAUGGCUUUAUUCAAAAAAACAAAACAAAUGUACAUUAAAAAGGGAUUUCAAUUGGGUUAUCAGUGCAAUUGCAAUUUGUACUUUUCAUAUCUUGAAAUGUAGGAAAUUCAGAACUUGCAUUACAAACCUAUAUUCACAGAGCUUAACAUAUACUAUUUAUGAAUUAAGUAGUUGACUUUGUGAGUAUAGCGUGUAAUAUUUUAAUCAAUACUGAAGUUUUAAGUAUUUGUAUAUUUUGCCUUAUUAUUCAGCUCUGAUUGGCAAAUGUUGAGUUUAUUCAUGUGUUCCUUUGUACAGCUGCUGUUGAGGGAGACUUAUUACCUGGUGCUAUCCAACAAUUCAGGGCACAGAUAAUUUAUGGUGUAAAUGUCCUAUGAUUUUUAUUUUCUAUAUUCCAAAAAUGGAGAUCUCGCAUGCCUCCGAGCAAGCAAAGCUGGAGUGAGGGCACUGUAUAUACAAUGAAUUUUCAGCACCUAAAAUCCUAGCCUAGUUGACUUUCUAAUGCGUUGAGCACUAUCCACCUUGAUUAAUACUCGGUUCUCUCAUUAUGCAUAGUUUCCCUAAUCCCAAUCUAUUCAUGGACCUCAAUUUGUAAACAAAAUACAGUCACCAAAAUUUUAUUUUGUUUCUACAACAUCUUGUAUCAUAUUCCAUUUCAGUCAUGUAAGAUUUUGAAUGUUUCUUGUUUUGUAAAUUUAGAAAUGUACUUCUUGCUAAUACUGUUUUUUUCCUGUAUCUAAUGUAACAUUAACUGAGGCAAACAACUUUGCAUUCAAUUGUUAUGGAUGUCUGAAAUGAUUUACAGAUGCACCUUUAAAAAAAACAUCACAAAUAUAAUCUCCCUAUAAUACUAUGGCUUUUCCUGUACCUAAAAUGUGCAAAAAAAAAAGAAUUGUGUGUUUGUGACAAAGUUUGAAGUAACUUGGUUAGAACGGUUCUUUUGACAUGAUUGAAGCUAUAGUUAGUAUGUUUAGACUAGAUUAGCAAAGUACCAACACAAUGUUUGUACAUGUUGUUGGUAAACUGUACAUUUUGGUUUUGAUUGUUAGUUAUAUAUUUUGGUGGUUGCAUGGACUUGUGUCUGUGCACUUGUAUUUGUGCUUCAGGUCAGGCUGAAUUAUUGCGUGCUACUUAAUAUCCACCUUGACCUUCUGGAUGUUUUUGGAUCCUGAUGGAGAAGGCUACUUAGGUUUGUUGGAAUAAAAUGGUGCAAUAACAUUUUAUAUGGCUUUUUUAAAUGUAAUUUAUACGUGGAAGAAUGGGUUGAUUUAUGGAAUCUUUGUGCUCUAAAUAUACCACUUGUCAGUAAAAUGUAACAUUUGUGGUUCUUGUGUAGAAUGAACUUCUGUAACCUUCCAUAUUUCUGAGUACAAAUAGAACAUGUGCAUUUUGUUUCAUUCAAAUAAAGGCAUGAUUUAAUGUAAAAAUUAGUGAAGUUCACCAAAACACCAAACAGUCCCAAAGGCUUGGCAAACUACACAUGUCCUACUGGUUUCGUAGCACGUGUUUAUCUUGAUGGCAUAACUGAUGCCAUAGCAAUAAUUACUGUCAGUGACAUCUGAGAAAAUGUUGACCUUUGUUUCAGCUAGUUAUUUUAUUUUAAAGAACCUAUAUUAAAAAAAAAACUUGUUUAAAUCGGGUCAGAUUUGGGUUUUACCCGAUGUGAUUAAAAACAUGAAUCUAAUGGUAAUUUGAAUACUCGACCUCCAUUCUCAACAUUUAGAUAUCGUUGGAAGUGUUUGUCAGUUUACAUGUUUCAUAUUAUGCACUCAUUUAAUGUUCUUGUGACAAAAGGAUUCAGAAAUUCUGGCAAAAUACUAGAAACUAACAUUUUACAUAUUUAAUUUGGAAACUUUCCUUUAAAUUAGUUUUUCUGUUGAUUUGACUUUUUUUGUUAGUCAGAAUAAACUUUAUCGGCAACCUUACAGAAGUGGACAAAGCAAUUGUCAAUUGCAGCAUUUUUAUCCCCUACAUUUUUAUAAGGUCAAUUGCUUUUCACAAGUCUUUUUCUCAGUGUCAUAACCUUCUGUAUUAUCCUGUUAUAGUUCAUAUGAUUUCCAGUACCUGAUAGCUUAAUUACAAGUGCAAAAAUUAGCAUUUACUAAAAUGAAAUUGUGCACUCAAUUCAUAUACUAAUAUUGGCCGUGAACUAAGAAUGCUGUUCUAGAAUGAUUUUUAAAAAUUAUUUGUUGCUAUCUGCAUUACCCCAUCUCCCGUCAAGUUUCGUUUUUUGCUGGAAGAGUAUCAUUUUAUGUACAUAAAUCGUGUAUCCCAAUACCACGUGGGAUAAUGCAAUGGAUUAGAAAAAGCUUUUGUGUUUUCUGUCUACUUGGCUUUAAUUUUUAAGGAAAAUAUUUUUCUGAAGCCAGAAAUGAGACCAGGGCUUUUGUGCUUUGCAUAAUUGAGAGAUGUACAUGCAAAUAAACGUAAUUGUUUUGGUUGAUCUAGUAUCAGUUACACUUUAUACUGAAAUUGGUAACAAUUUGAAUAGAUUAGUUAGAUGGUUCUGCCUCUGUAUUCAUCAAAACCAAAUGUCUUUAGCAUUUACUGAACACACAAACCACAUUGUGUUUAUUCUCAUAUGUCUUAAUGAGAUUAUCCAUAGUUAAAAAUCUGUAUUAUAUCUGGCCUAAAAUAACACCAAUAAUAAUAGUGGACACUGGAUUAUUAUGGAUGUUUUGCAAAUUUAACUAAUGAGGGACAUGUGCACAGCUAUAGUCAUCACUGAUUUCAUAGCUUGCCAUAAACAUUUAGCUCAUACUGGUUUUUGGCUACCUGACUUUCAUUCAGUGUUAUUGUUUAAAUCCGUAACUGCUUUAUUUUAAAUAAAAAUUGACUCUAAACCUUUGUAAAUAAAGGUUAAAGACUUAUUUGUAUCGACGAGAAAAUUACAUUGUAAAUACAGUUGUAUGCUCUGUACCUGCAAAUGUCAGUCUUUCAUUUAAAACAUGAGUAUCAUCCCACCUGCUUUUUGGCCUCUUGUUACAUGUGUAAAAGUGCUGAAGGACUGUUUUUACACCAUUUGAGUUUGGUUUUCUUAAAGCAGUGUCUAUAUUUCACAUGCCUGUGGUGUCAAAUACUGUUACAGUAUUUCAUUGUUUACAAAAUAAAUAUUUAAAACUGAA